AUGGAUUUGUCAGCCCCGUAUGCUACCACGGUACCCACGGGUCAGGUGUUCCUCACCAGUCUAAACUCCACCCUCUUGGGGACGGACGAGCUCUCCAGUGAAGGAGGUGUGUCCUCAUUCCUACCUCUCACCGGUUACCAUAUCGAAAGCGGCUUCUUCACUACACCAGGCACCAGACAGAUUGUUACCAGUGCUCCAAGAAAUGAAAACCAUUUUGGAAGUGUGGAGAUUCUAACAAUUGGCGUUACUUUGGUAACAGUGACCUCAAUUAUCGGAAAAGAGGCUGAUGGUUACUUUGGCUACGACUUUGCCGUGGUAAACUUUGACCCUGAGAGUGGAGAGUUGGACAGUCUUGUGAUUGGCUGUCCGUUCUGUAACAGAGAGAGGGGGCGUGUCUACGUGUACACUCACACUGGCAACACAGCCAAUCCAUUCACAGAAGAGUCGGUCAUCGAAGCACUCUCUUCAUCUCGUGGACGCUUUGGAUUGGUUGUCGAGAAUAUCAGAGACAUUGACCUGGAUGGCAUUGAUGAUAUUGCUUUUUCAGCACCUUUUGAGGGAGAGGGAGUGGUCUACGUUUAGAGGGGAACUCCCUCUGGCCUCAUCACUAAAAAUCCCCAGAUUAUUCGUGCUGAGCCGGGAGCAACAGUAUUUGGUUACCAGGUGACAGGGGGUACGGACAUUGAUAGCAACGGGUACCCUGACAUCACAGUUAGCGACCUCUCGGGUGACCUCGUGACCUCUUAUUGGAGCAGCCCCCU